UCAACAGAGCAGGCAGCAACAGCAGCAGAGACGGCGUGACGUGGUGGGAGAGCGUAUUGCCACCAAGCCUGGAGCUGCCUCUCAGAAUGAACACACAACUCACGUCUCUGCCUCCUGUACAUCUCUCUCCUCCCCCGCCGUUUUCAGCCCUCUUGCCCUCGCACAGGGAGCACAGAGGGGCAGCUGAAUGAGGAGGGUGAGAAAAGGAAAAUGAAAGCGAAAAAAGGGACGAGAAGCACGUGGGGGCAGGGAACUUAACAUGAGAGCGUGUGAAUCAGAGGAAGGAGAGGAACAAGACGAAACAUGCAUCAGCACGGGCAUUGGGAGAGAAGCUGGACAAACAGGGAUGUAAGGCUCAUACAUCAUCCAGAGAUUAACCCAAUCUGUCCACUUGCGCUGUGAUAUUCAUAACAUGAGAAGAGAGGACUGCGAAAGGACCCAGGUUAACUGUCAGCUAUCAUCCCUCUUCUCCCUUUGGCCAGAGGCAGCAGAAGCAGCAGCAGCAGUGCAGCACCGUUAGCAUCAAGCCUCUGGGGACAAUGCGCCAAGGCAGACAGAGAUUGCAACACUGGAGCUCUGACACAUGUUCUGCCGAUCCACAGAUAUGCUGGUGCAUGAUUGUGGUAGAUAACUACGAGUUCCCAGAGGAGGACAACAUUUCCAAGUGAAUAAUAUACCUAAGAAAACGCUGCUAUCUGUACUUUCCAGAUAAAAGACGAGGGUGAUUGGUCACACAUCACAGAGCAAAUUAAUGACGAUCUAAGCUGUCAAGCUCAAGCUGUAUGUGACAGUGAUUUGGCUUGGGGCACAGAGCAAAGACCAAGAGGGCGUCCAGUGUGAGUGGAUUGCAAUUCAUCACAUCCAGGAAUGAUGGAUGCCAGGAAGAGACGAGUGCUUAGAUUAAAAUGGGCAAGGACUGGACAUCAACAAAGUGAUUUACAUAUACAGACAUGAGAUAUAUGACACAGGGUCGAAGUCUGUCAGUCAAAUCAACCACAUAAACUUCACUUUGUCUCUGGGGAUCAAGACCUGGUCAGAAGCGACUGACGAGCGGCCUUAUAAGUGUACAACUCUGAGCACAACCAUGCAGUGGAAACGACGCCACUGCUGUACGCACACAGCUAAACUUCUCUAUCUCCUCUCACUGUUGGGUGUACUGGUCUUUCUGGUCCACCAGGAGUGGCUGCCUAGGCUCACAGGUAUGCCAUGGCGGAGAGGCCAUCCUGUGGUGUACGGAGGAAGCAGACUUCAUACUACCAAAGCCAAACUUAACAUGAGCUCUCAACAUUCAGUGUGGAGGUUUGUCAUUAUUCCUCAGCCGACUUUUAAAACUGACGCCAACAUCAGCUCCCAUGAGAAGGAGGGUGUCUCCUCUCCUCAAGGAGACCUGGCAGCCAACACAAGCCAAAGUGAAGAGGGAGACCUAAGUGGCACAAUAACUCACGGGCCUUUUCCUUAUAUCAUCAAUGAGCCAGACAAAUGUGCAGAGAAUAGACCGGUGCCAUUUCUAGUGUUGCUGAUAGCCACUGAGGCUCGAAAGGUAGAGGCAAGGAAUGCCAUACGGCAAACAUGGGGGAAUGAGAGUGUUGGCGCGGCUCUGGGAUUCAUCCGACUUUUCAUGUUGGGAAAAAAUGAGGGAGAGCUAGGGCUUUUACAGCAAAGGAUGCUAAUAGCAGAGAGCCAAAGGCAUCACGAUAUAAUUCAGCAGGACUUUCUGGACACCUACAAAAACCUGACCAUAAAGACGUUGAUGGGAAUGAACUGGGUGGCGAUGCACUGCCCACGAGCCAGCUAUGUUAUGAAGACAGACAGCGACAUGUUUGUCAACACAGAGUACCUCAUUUAUAAGCUGCUCAGGCCAGAACUGAAGCCCAAGAGGAACUACUUCACAGGCUAUAACAUGAGAGGCUUUGCACCCAACCGAAAUAAAAACAGCAAGUGGUACAUGCCCCCAGAGCUGUACCCAGGUGACAAGUACCCCACCUUCUGCUCUGGGACUGGUUACGUCUUCUCUGGAGACUUGGCGAGGAAAAUCUAUCGAGCAUCUCUAAGUAUCCGCCACCUGCAUCUAGAGGAUGUGUAUGUGGGAGUAUGCCUGGCCAAGCUCCAGAUCGAGCCCAUGCCACCACCCAAUGAGUUCCUAUUCAACCACUGGCGAGUGUCUUAUUCCAGCUGCAAGUACAGUCAUCUGAUAACGUCGCAUGGGUUUCAUCCCAAUGAACUACUAAAAUACUGGCAUCACCUGCAAAGCAACAAACCCAACGCCUGUAUCAACACAAUUAAAGAGAGAGUGGGCAGGACGCACUCAAGCAGAAAGAAUAGAAAGAAACAAGCCCAGUAACUAUAACUAUUACACUCCAUUACAGCUCUUUGCUAGAAACAAAUCAUUUUUGUCUCAGCACAUUCUCUUCUUAACUUGAUAUGAAGCGAUUAAUCCACACUUUAUCCACAUGGGGAGUCAAUACAAACUUUGCAUAAAUGAGUAAAAAUGAUACAAUUGCCAGUUUUGUACAAACAAGAUGAAAACUGUUUCUAUGUCUGAGUCAAACCACUGGAGGGUUUACAGUUAUAUUUUACAAAAGAAUGAGUUGAGUGUGUGCAAAAGCUACUUUUUUGUAAUAAUGUAAGUUGUAUUAUAUGUCUUUUAUAUAUGUGGAUACAAGGUCAAAACUCGUUGACAACGUACAGUGCCAAUAAACGAAAAUCUGCCAAA